UUUUUUUUUAGCCGCUCGCCUCGUCAGCCGUCGCGCGAUUUGCGGGAGAGGGAAGAGAAAGGGGGGGAGUGGAGUUCCCUCGCGGAAGAGGAGGAGGGGGAGGAGCGGUAGCAGGAAGGUUCUAGGGUUUCCGUUGUCCUCCUCGGCGUCGCGCUCUUCCUCCUCUCUGCUAUCUGUCCUUUUAGGGUUCUGCGUUUCGACGCCCAACCGCGGAAGCGCCGGCGACCGAUCGAUCGAUUGGGAACCGCUUUCCGACGAAGCCCGAAGGGAGUGAGAGUUUUUGCUCCUCGUUCAAGUUUCUCUUCUUUUAGGAGAUCUGGAUUGAAAAGAUGCUUUCACAGCUUCAUUGAACUUGCAGUGAGACAUAUACAUGGAUCGGAAUAUUGUGUGUGGAUCUGAUGAUAUAAAUAUUCAUGAUGCCCCAUUAAAGACAUUUUUACUAGCAAGCAUGUCGGCUGGUGAGAGGCUGUCAUUAAAGCAGAAGCUGAUGGUAGAGCUGGCACAUGUUCGAUCUGCAGUUAAAAAUAUUGGUUCUAACUGUCUUCAGGAUCUGGGUUCUCUUGAUAGUUGUAAACUCCUUGCUCAUGCGGUGCUUCCAGAUUGUGCUUUUGUGAGUGAGAAAUGUGAAGACAACCAAUUCGUAGAGCUCAGAGAAAAGAAAAUUAGGAACCAUUCCCAAACUGCAUCUACAUGGUCCACUGUCACAGGAGUAAAGCGUGAUCCUCCUCAAGGUUUGGAACACAGGGUUGCGAAUAAAAGGCCAAGACUUGAUGGUGAUAUGAUGAAACAGUGUGCAAGUCUAUUAAAAAAGUUAAUGAGUCAUCAAUUUGCUUGGGUGUUUAAUCAUCCAGUUGACCCUGUGAAGUUAAAUAUUCCUGACUAUUUUACCAUCAUUACCAAGCCAAUGGACUUGGGUACAAUCAAGUCUAAGCUCGAAAGCAAAUUAUAUUUGGGCGUUCAGGACUUUGCUUCUGAUGUACGGUUAACUUUCUCCAAUGCCAUGCAAUACAAUCCUCCUGGUAAUGAUGUCCAUAUCAUGGCAAAAUCGUUGAAUGGCAUAUUUAAUAAGAAAUGGACGACUUUGGAGGAGAAGUGGAGGAAGGAAAGCCAAGAAGGAACACAAAAUCCAAAUAUGAAGCCAGCAAGGAAGCUGGUUGAGAAGCCUCGGAAGACUGCCCGCAAAGAGCCUAUCUAUUAUUUGGAACCCUCAUUUAAGAAGCCAAUGACAUCUGCUGAUAAGCUGAAGCUGCAGAAGGACCUAACAGCCAUAUCUAGAAGCAAGCUUCCUCCGGAACUGCUUUCUUUCCUCCAGAAGUUUGGAUCACUUGGACCCAACGGAGAUGAGAUUGUAGUGGACAUCGAUGCAUUUGAUAAUGACACAGCGUGGGAGUUGCAAAAAAUUGUGAAGAGCUAUAUGGAGGCAAGAUCAGCAAAAUCUGCAGAUACAGGGAAUGCUUUAAGACCUUGUGGCCGUAGCACUUGUAGCAUUGACCACAAAGAUGAUGAUGGCUGUCUUUUGGAUGAGCAAUUAAGUUCAAAAGCAUGUAGGAGCUUGACAGCCUGCAUGAAUGGCAUGUGUAGUGACAAAACCUGCCAAGGUGGCUGUGGUCGCAAUGAUUUCACCCAAUCUUUGAGUGAUGUGGAUUCUGAAAGUUCAUUAGACAGGGGAUCAGUUCGAGAUCGAGCUCGUGGUGCUAACUCACUUCAUUUGGUAAUUAGGGAUCCAUUGUCAAGUAAUGCUAAUUCUGCCGACAAGCAAAGUGGCCACCUGGACCCUGACACAGAUGGAGCUGUGAGUGCUUUGGAUGAAGAGAAUACACAAUCAAGUCCUAACACAGCUGCUGUCUCUGUUGGUGCAUCUGGAGAAGGUGGAAGCGUUACUUCAGAGAUGCAACUCUCUCCUGGCAAAGCUCUCCGUGCUGCAAUGUUGAAGAGCCGAUUUGCUGAUACCAUUCUCAAAGCUCAGCAGAAGACCCUUCUGAACAAUGGGGAGAAGAGAGAUCCUGUAAAGAUGCGUCGUGAGAGGGAAGAAAUGGAAAGGAGGCACCUGGAAGAUAAGGCUCGAAUUGAAGCUCAGGUCAGGGCUGCUGAAGCGGCUCGUGAAGCAGAAGCCAAGAGGAAGAGAGAUGAAGAAAGGGAAGCAGCUAGGCUUGCUCUACAGAACAUGGAAAGAACUGUUGAAAUCAAUGAGAAUGACAAUAUCUUGAAGGAUCUUGAGCAGUUUGGCUACUCACAAGGAAUGAGCUCGGGCACUGAAAUAGGGAGCCCUGCAUCCGGUCUGGAAGGAUUGGGAGUGUUUGCAGGAGGGAAUCCAUUGGAACGUUUGGGGUUGUUCAUGAAAAAUGAGGAUCUUGAAGAUGAUGAGGCUCCUUCCCAGAUUAUGCAGCUGGCACUGGCGAUGUGGAGGAGGGAGAGAUAGAUUGCUAAGCCUUGAUUUGCUGUUUUCUGCAGAUAACAUGGUCUUUCUUCUUCUUUUGGUUUCCCGGAGAUUGUAAUUUUUUUGGAAAGCAAUCUGGUAGGGACGAGGGUAUGAGGAUGAUUGUAAAUGGUUGUGGCUCGUAGAAUGAAUGUGUAUUUGGUGAGGUGAGUGACUGAUUAGUUCACAUAUUAGGGUAGUGGGCACGUGGACCCGAGUCCCUAUUUAUUACAGGUAUUACAGAUGUGAACCGAGAUUUUGUAGGGAUCUGGUAGUUUUUCACUUUGGGCCUUUGGGGAACCAUACUUUCGUGUAGUCGGUAUUUCCGUACGUGAUGCGUAAGAAACAAUAAAAAGACUGUAUACUGUAUGCUCAA